AUGGAGGAUUCUAAGGUCGAAGAACACAAAGAGAGUUUUGUACCUAGCGCGUCUAGUGGAGCUAAUGCAUGUAGGGAAUUAGCUUUGGAUUAUUCACAUGAAUUUACCACCCAUGAGGAGUUUGCAACAAGGGAAAAUUUAGUCACAUGGGUGCGCGAAGUUGGUAUGCGACUAGGAAUGAUAAUGACAGUAAAGUCUUCAAACCCGGGAAAAAAUAGACGUAGAAGGCCCUACGUGGUACUUGUAUGCGAGCGUGCGGGAGUGUAUCGUGGCAAAAAGGUACCCGGUCAAGAUGACAAAGGAAAGGGAAAAAGGCAAACAGGGUCAAAGAAAUGUGAGUGUCCGUUUGAGUUGAAGGGCCAAAAAAUGGGCAUGGAUGAUGAAGAAGUUGGGUGGGUAUUGACAGUUGAAUGUGGUAGUCACAACCAUUCAGAUUUUGAAAACUUUCAAGGCCACUCAUAUGCUGGAAGAUUAACACGUGAAGAGAUGGCACUUGUAGAAGACUUGUCAAACGCAUUGGUGAAACCAAAGGCAAUCUUAUCAUCACUAAAGUUGAAGAAUCCGACAAAUGCGUCUUUAAUUAAGACGGUUUACAAUGCUCGUCAGAAGAUCCAGUUCAAAGAGAAUGCUGGUAGAACUCAAAUGCAAUUGUUGAUGUUGAAGUUGUCCGAAAAUAACUACUUCGAGUAUCACAGAUAUUUGGAGGAGACCGGCGAGGUAAUGGACUUGUUGUGGACCCACCCUACGUGCAUUAAAUUGGCAUGUAGUUAUCCGUAUGUAUUGGUUAUGGAUUGCACAUACAAAACCAACAUAUACGGACUCCCAUUCCUAGAGAUUGUGGGUAUUACUUCUACGAAUAAAACGUUCUCUGUUGCAUUUGCAUACCUUCGGGCGGAAAAAAUAGACAAUUACGUAUGGGCCUUGAAGAGCUUGGCGAAGGUCAUGGAAAGUUGUCCUAAACCUAAUUGUAUAGUCACAGAUCGAGAGUUGGCUUUGAUGAAGGCUAUAGAGAUCGUAUAUCCCUCCAGUCAACAACUUUUGUGUCGAUGGCACGUGAGCAAGAACAUUCUUAGUAAUUGUAAGAAGAUGUUCAAAACGAACAAUGAUAAGUGGAAAGAUUUUGAGUCGGACUGGGCAAAUCUUGUUGGUCAAGAGACAGAAGAGUCAUUUUAUAAAGAAUGGGAUGUUAUGAAAACAAAUUUUGUUGACUACCCGGAUGCUUUAACUUAUGUCUCUCAUUCGUGGUUGGAUCCGUACAAAGAGAUGAUUGUCUCGGCUUGGACAAACAAACAUAGGCAUCUUGGAACGUACACUUCUAACCGGGUAGAGGGUGCACACUCACGAAUGAAGAAAGAGUUGGGAAAUUGUAUGGGCACAUUUGUAAAGAUUUGGGCUCAUAUUGACAACCUACUGAUGCAUCAACAUACGGAAAUCAAAGCCUCGUUUGAGAAGAGCAAGAAUACUUACCAACACAGUUACAAAGUAACGAUAUACAACGAACUUCGAGGAUGUGUGUCGUUGUACGCUCUUGAGCAACUCAAACUUGAGGUGAAAAAAUCACUUGAGUUGCUUCCGAACGAGUUUAUGUCUUGUAUUUGCGAUAUCCGAACCACUCAUGGAUUACCUUGCGCCCACGAACUUCAUGGUAACGUCAUAAAUCGCACUCCCAUCUCAUUGGACUGGAUAGACCCGUAUUGGAAGCACUUGAGCAUGGAGCCAAUGAUUUGUACAAAGGAUGAACAUCUCCCGACUGAUGCGGAAGAAAUGGAAGCAUGGCGGGCUGUUUUCGAUCCGUCCGACGCAAAAAAAAGGGUUCAGUUGCUUAUGAAAUUGCGGGAGAUUACUCACCCCGAGAGUAACUCUCUCAUUGAGCCAAUGCAAAAGGUUGUUACCAAAGGUCGCCCCGGAAAAAAAUUGCGUAUUGAUAAAUCAACCCGACGCAACCCAUCCAAAUUUGAGUACGAGCUUAAUUCAAGCAAGGAUAGUUGUUCCCCAAAGACUCCUCAGAGUUGCACUCCUACUUCUGGUAUCCAAAAGCAACGUGAACAACUUAUGCCGCAGCCAAUCACUGUAUCGAUGGUAACCGACAUCUUCAAUCGAAGCACCGGUAAAUCGACGGUGUUGGAAAAACUACCGGUUCGAAAAAAAACUACCAAGGAUAUAUAUAUUAAACAAAUACAUCCGAAGUUCCGAAGAUAUGUUGGAGAUAUAAUAAAUGUUGCGUCGGAUGGUCAUUGUGGAUUUCGGGCGGUUGCAUCAAUGAUGGGCUUUGGGGAAGAUAAUUGGAGUCUAGUACGAAGAGAUUUGGUCGAUGAGCUCAUUAUGAAUGAUGCUAUCUAUAUGAAUAUCCACAAAGUUCGAGAUACGCUUGAUGAAUUGGAAGCAAAAAUGAGGUGUUCGGUUACACCUGCCCCUUAUGAAAAUUGGAUGUCGUUUCCGGAUAUGGGUCAUUUUAUUGCGUCUAAAUAUGACAUUGUGCUCGUACUGAUAACGCAGCUGCAGUGUCUUACAUUUCUCCCACUCUCUAGUGACCCCGUGCAAGAUGGGCAAAGACAAGAGCAUGGGAUAGCGCUUGUUGAUGGAAAUCAUUUUGUGCGUCUUGUUUUGAAGAAGAAUUGUCCUCUUCCCCCUGUAGCAGAUUAUUGGAGGCGAUACCACCACCCUAGAGCUAGUGCUUGGAAAACUAUUGAUAUGGAGUCUAGGAUUAUUGCUUUUAAAGAGCUAGUUAAUCGUAAUCAUGUAGCACUACAAGAGACCAUAUGUAUUGAUAUGUAG